CUCCCCCUCCCUUUUCUCAUCACUCCAACCAGCCCGCGACCAUGCCCAGGAAGAAGGGGGCGGCCUGGGAGGAGCCGAGUUCAGGCAAUGGCACGGCGCGCGCGGGGCCUCGGAGGCGCGGCGGCCCCGCGGGCAGGAAGCGCGAGCGGCCCGAGCGCUGCAGCAGUAGCAGCGGCGGUGGCAGCAGCGGCGACGAGGACGGCCCGGAGCUGGACGGGGCCCCCGGCGGCGGCAAGCGCGCGGCCAGGCCGGCGGCGGCGGGCAAAGCGGGCGGCGCGGCCGCGGUUAUCACUGAGCCCGAGCACACGAAGGAGCGCGUCAAACUCGAAGGGUCUAAAUGCAAAGGGCAGCUUUUGAUUUUUGGGGCAACAAACUGGGACUUGAUUGGACGGAAGGAAGUGCCUAAGCAGCAAGCUGCGUAUCGCAACCUUGGUCAGAAUUUGUGGGGGCCCCAUAGGUAUGGGUGCCUGUCGGGAGUCCUGCGGACCGUGGUUUCGGGUUCAUGUGCUGCCCACAGCCUCCUCAUCACCACAGAAGGGAAGCUGUGGAGCUGGGGUCGGAAUGAAAAGGGGCAGCUGGGCCACGGUGAUACCAAGAGGGUUGAAGCCCCUAGACUCAUUGAGGCACUCAGUCACGAGGCAAUCGUGCUGGCCGCAUGUGGGCGCAACCACACCCUGGCGCUGACAGACACUGGCUCCGUGUUUGCCUUUGGAGAGAAUAAGAUGGGACAACUGGGCCUUGGGAACCAGACAGAUGCUGUCCCGAGCCCUGCUCAGAUCAUGUACAAUGGGCAGCCAAUUACCAAGAUGGCCUGCGGGGCUGAAUUCAGCAUGCUGAUGGACUGUAAAGGCAACCUCUAUUCCUUUGGGUGCCCUGAAUAUGGCCAGCUGGGACACAACUCAGAUGGGAAAUUCAUCGCCCGGGCACAGCGGAUAGAGUAUGACUGUGAGCUGGUACCCCGGCGGGUGGCCAUCUUCAUUGAGAAGACCAAGGACGGGCAGAUCUUGCCUGUCCCAAAUGUGGUAGUUCGAGAUGUAGCCUGUGGUGCUAACCACACACUGGUCCUGGACUCACAGAAGCGAGUCUUCUCCUGGGGUUUUGGUGGCUACGGCCGACUGGGCCAUGCAGAGCAGAAGGAUGAGAUGGUGCCUCGCCUGGUGAAGCUGUUUGACUUUCCAGGGCGUGGUGCGACCCAGAUCUACGCUGGCUAUACUUGCUCCUUUGCCGUCAGUGAAGUGGGUGGCCUGUUUUUCUGGGGGGCCACCAAUACAUCCCGUGAGUCUACUAUGUACCCGAAAGCAGUGCAGGACCUCUGUGGCUGGCGGAUCCGGAGCCUCGCGUGUGGGAAGAGCAGCAUCAUUGUGGCGGCCGAUGAGAGCACCAUCAGUUGGGGUCCGUCGCCAACCUUCGGGGAACUGGGAUAUGGGGACCACAAGCCCAAAUCUUCCACUGCAGCUCAGGAGGUGAAGACCCUGGAUGGCAUCUUCUCAGAACAGGUGGCCAUGGGCUAUUCACACUCCUUGGUGAUAGCACGAGACGAGAGCGAGGCUGAGAAAGAGAAGCUCAAGCGGCUGCCCGAGUACACCCCACGUACCCUCUGAGGCAGGGUGGCACUCCCCUCGUGGCAGCUGUCAUUUACACGUGCACUGGGACCAGAAGUCAGACAAGGAAUUUAGGAAGCAAAAGUUGACCGACGAUGCAUUGGGUCAGCCUCUCUGCGGUUCCGUUUCCAAACAGUUCAACGUUAACUACCUUUUUCUGUAUGCUUUCCAAAGUGUUUUCCCUCAAUGUUUGAUUAAAACAUCUGCUCAUAAAAAAAAAAAAAAAAAAAAAA